AUGCCUUCGAGAAUACAGUAUUUCCCGGAAUUUCCCAGAUGCAGCGAUCAUGCUGCCAUAAUGAUAUCGCGUAUGGGCGACUGUUGUCCUAAGCGCUAUCACAUGCGUGAAAUAAUGGCAUACGAUUCGAUGGUUAUGGAAUUGAUAGCCCUAGAAAAUGACAAUGCCGCCAUUGUGGGAAUUUGCCAGAUCUUGGACAUGACUAAUAUGAAUGUUGAACAUGCGGCGCAAUUAGAUAGUGGACUGUUUAGGAAAUGGUGGUACUGGACGAAUUAUUGCUGUCCAUUGCGCAUAAAUGUGAUCUAUUGCUUGAAUGCACCAAAAGAAAUACAAAAUUGGAUGACGUUAAUGAAGACAUUA